GGAGUCGGUGUCCUCCUCCCUCAGUGCGUCAGAGCAGCGGCAGUGCGGAAGCGACGCUAUGUUCACUUUUCAUCCAAACCGGACACCUGUGGCUGUUCUCUACCACAAAAAAUUCUUCAGUUUUGUAUUCCUGGAAAUCCAACCUUAACAACAAAAGAGGCGAUGCAAAAGUUCACACAGCCAGUGGAAGGAAGUGUAUUUUGUCAGACUCCCAGCUGAAACACAAUGGGAACUUCCUGCUUUUUCUCAGUGAUGAGAGCAUCAAACUCACUUUUAGCCUGUGAACAGAGAAGAGCUGCAUUUACGUCAAGCUAACCAUCCACCAUGAGAAGCUUUGAUCUAAAGCAAUAAAAGCUUGAGGUCAACCGUGAACCUGGAAAACAGCAUUUUUCACCUGUUUGGAACGGUGCAUUGGACCUUAUCUGUGAUGAGUGAGUGUGCUGUGCUGGACAGCCUCAGUGAAGAUGGCUUUCACAGCUGUGAGGGCUUUGCGGACUGGUCCACCUACAGCCCUAUACACUGGAAUGAGGAUCAGGGGGACAGCAGCAAUUUUGGAGACUGGAAUAGUUUUCAUGGCAGCCUCAGCAAAAAGGCGGAAUCUCCACCUCUGUCACCUCAGGAAAGAAGUUCUGACCAUAAACAAAAGAUGGAGAAUGGCGACAGUGUCAGCCCCUGGUUUGUGUUUCAUGGUUGCUUCCAUGUGGAGGAGACAGUGAAAGAUACUGCUGUAAUGGAGAUCCCUUCACUGUCCAAGCUACUGCACAACUCGACACACAUAGCCCUUGAUUCAGCAGCACUAUCAAGAGAGGCUGCCAGCCUGUGCCAUCGUCUGUUGUAUAAGCCGGAGUAUCUGAGCCUCUCUGGUCCUAAACCCAGCUUACACUCCCACAAGCAGCUGAUCAACACUCUCCAACUCAAACACUCAGACAUAAACACCUCACAAAACACUAAUUUGCCUGACCAGGGUUUUGAGGAGCCUGAAAGUUCUCCAGCUGCUCUCAUCCAGACUAAGCUAAUGGCGCCGAUUCGGUGUCAGAAUAAACCAGGAUAUCUCUACCAGAUCUCACCCCAGUGGCUCAACCAGUACAGUUUGAGACUCCUGCCCCAUCAGAACAAGCAAGACCUGCUACAAUGAACUUAAUACACCACACUAUGCACCCACUGCAACAUGCUCACAGUAUAUCAGCUCAGGGAAGACUUUCUCUCUGACAAAACAAAAAGACAGAAAAACAGCUACUUACAGUACUACUUGCACAGUAAUGGAUUUCUUUGUUGAACUGCAUUUAUAUUGUUACAAACUACUUAAGGAACAUGCUGUUACAUUGACCUGAGAAUUUUCUGAGUGCUGAUUUAAAUGUGUUCAUCCACUUUAUACAUUUAUAUGAAGAAUCACUAUUAACAGAGAAAUGUGGUCCAGACUUCCACAAAAAGCUCUUUGACUCUUACAAACUCUGACUGAAGCAAUAAACAGAACAGAACACGACACUAAUUUUAGUGAAACACAAGGGUCAGAUUCAGCCAUGACAAAUUCCCAAAUGUGUGGAAGUAGCCUUAGUUUGGAAUUGACUGGAGUGCAGUCCGACUGUAUGUACUCCAGGAGCUUCUUUUGGCUAGUAAUAUGCUUUAGUGAGUUCUAGUCUAGUCUAGUAAUCCUCUUUCUAGUUUCAGUAUCAGAAGCCCUCAGCUCAUCAAAGAUGUCUGCUUACUAGAAAUGUUUUCUUUGGAAUUAAAUAUAGUGGGAUCUGAUUGGAUGUGAUGGUUCCCAUCAUGUGCUUGUCACCAAAAACUUCCACCAACCCUCCCCCUAGAUCAGUGUUUCCCAGCCCUGGUCCCAGAGGCAGGCUGUCCUGCACAUUUUAGUGUUUUUUCUGCUUUAACACACCCUCUUCAACACAGUAAGAGGUUGUUAAUGAGUUGUACAGUAGGAUCGAGUGUGUUGGGAGCAGGAAAAAAAAUUUAAAUGUGUAGGACAGUGUUAUCUCCUGGACCACGGUUGGGAAACACUGGCCUACAUAGUCAAUCAAUCAGUAAGCCUCUGAAGUAAGUGUGUUAGCUAACUAGCUAAUCUCAAAACGAAUCUAGUCUAAUAUGUAGUAUUAGAUAUUGGACUCGAUUAUAUCUAUUAUCACAUAAUAGAAUCUAUUAUUUUAUCGCAUAAACCACUAUUUGGAUGUCCAGUGUAUUUUUUAGAUCAUACCAUUUGUUACUGUGAUUUGCUAGAAGAAAUGAGAGCUAGGAUCAAGGAUCAAAAUAUGAACCAGAGACACAGAACACAUUCAUAUUAACAAAUAUAUCUAUCAUUUUUCUUCUGCAGUGCUGCCUGGACUCUAUACUAUCAUACAUGCUAAGUUUCCUUUGUUUUCACUGUAUGUGCUUUAAUAUUUAAAUAAAUUAAAACACUGAAUUUAUUGAAAAUAUUAAUUUAUAAUAUAGAAUUUUACUAAGUUGACUGAAGACUUCAGGGGACAGUGAGUCACAGAGAACUGAAGAAGCAAAAGCAUUUGCUUACUUGAAAAUUACUUGGGCUUUAUGUAAUAUUUAUGGAACAAAGAUAUGUAUUUAUAUAAGUUAUACUAAGUCUUAACAUUGUAGGUCAAUAUAUUAAGGCUCUUGGUUUAUAUUAAUAAACCUACCUGAAUGUUACAAUUUUGCAAGUUUGCUUAAGUCUGCUCGCAAGAUAUGAAUAACAUGAUGCAGAUUUUGAAAUAUUCUGUAUAUAAUAUGGACAACUUUUAAGGUGGAUGAAAUUUUCUUCAAAAAGCAGAAUAAAUGUAAAAUAAAAAGAAUUCAAAGCCUU